AUGGCCUCACUCAUUACGCCUUGUACGAUUUGUACUCAUAAAACUAUCGGGAUAUUCAGAUGUGAAGGUUGUUCGAAAGUUUUCUGUCGAAAGCAUGUCGAUGAUCAUCGAAAUGAUCUCCGUCAACAACUUGAUGAAAUCAUUCAUGAGCACAAUCAACUCAAUCAAUUGCUAACUCAAACAGAGAAUGAACAUCAAGUAUUAUUCGACGAAGUUGAUCACUGGCAAGCUACCGCGAUCGAGAGAAUUCAACAAGUUGCCGAGAAGAUUCGCGCAGACAUUCUCGAACAAAUUCAUUCGCAAAGAGGUACAUGUGCACAGUCAUUAGAACAUCUUUCUCAACAGAUUCGCAAAGCCUCUCAAGAUGAUGAUUACAUCGAAAAUGAUCUCCAUUCGUGGACAACUAAAUUACGCGAUUUAAAAGCAAAUCUAACCACCGUUAGUUCAUUGUUGAUGUUACACGAAGAAUCCAAUGUGCCUUUGAUUUCCAAUGUAAAACUCUCAUCAGCUGAACAUCUCACAUCUUCAAACGAAUGUUUUAUACGUUCAGUAGGUGACGUUGACAUUGAAGAUAAUGGUCUUGUCGCGAUUCAUGGUAGUCGAAAGAGCACCGAUGCAUUCGUUUACGGCAAACAAGAAUAUCGUCAUGGAAGACAUACGAUUCGCUUUCUAAUCAACAAAACUAAUCCGAAUUAUGUAACAACGUUUGGUAUUACAUCAAUGCAAUCUCAACUAUCCGUCUAUGGUUGGAAUAGCGAUGAUCAGGCAGUCGGAUGUCGUCAUUCUCAGCCGGAAUAUUUACAUAAUCAAUAUGAUAUGAAAGGAGAAACAACUCUCGAAAUUGAACUGAACAUCGACUGCGAGCAGAGGAUGAUUUCGUAUGUAAAUCAACGAACAACUUGUGCGAAAGAGAUGAACGUUGAUCUCGAUCUAUGUCCAUUUCCUUGGCAACUUUAUUUUUAUUUAUACAACAUCGGCGAUCGUGUGCGUCUGCUCAAUCCUAUUCGACAUUAG